CUUUUUUUUUUUUUGCUUUCCUGGGAAAGUCCCACUUCCGUCCUAUACAUAAAUAAAUCUUACUUUCAUUUCUAUGUUAAAUAAUAAAAUGCAAACUUAAAAUGAAGCAGAAAAACGAAGCAAAGACAAAACAGAGGCACUGAGCUUGUAACAAAGGUCUAUCUAUAUAUAUAUAAAAGAAGAAGUCCUGACUGACUGACUUAUCAACACCCAUCUCAAACCGUUUAACCUAAGAACGUGAAAUUUGGAAGCAUCAAACAUAACCUUUUCAGACUCCCAUUGAUUUCUAUGGCAUUCGCGGCUUCAAGGGUGGCGGUUUCAACGAUAGGUACGCUGCGUCGGAAUAACACAGGCAUUGAUCUGCGUCGGAUUGAUAUCACGGGACCGUAUAUUACGUCACACAUUUCAUCAUUUGACGAUCUUGAAGCUUUGUUAACUACGGCAGAUCAACUUUGCUUCUAAUUUGAUGUGAGAUUCCAGUGUAUUAUCAGUUGAAGCAUUGAUAAAUCAGCCCCAUAAUCUAGCCCCAUAUCGAAAAUACAUAGCAAAAUGGCAAUGUCACAUCCUGUGUGUCUGAUAGAAAACAGGGAUGGACAAGAGCUAGUGAUUAAUCAGGAGAGUAUGAAGAUUCUGUCAAAAAUUGUUCAGCCUGUGGUCGUUACAGCAAUUGUAGGAAAGUAUCGAACUGGGAAAUCUUACCUUAUGAACAGACUGGCAGGACAAAGAACUGGAUUUGCAUUGGGGUCUACCAUCCAGUCUAAGACAAAAGGGAUCUGGAUGUGGUGCGUUGAUCAUCCUUCUAAGCCUGGGCAUACCCUUGUGCUUUUAGACACAGAGGGACUGGGGGAUGUGGAAAAAGGAGAUAGUAAGAAUGAUGCUUGGAUAUUUUGCCUUGCUGUUUUGAUGAGCAGUAACUUUGUAUUCAAUAGUUUCGGAACAAUUGACCAGCAAUCAGUGGAUCAGCUACAUUAUGUGACUGAAUUGACAAAAAGAAUUCGUUUAACUUCAUCAUCCAAGGGGGAAGAUGAAACUUCUGAAUUUAAAAGAAUUUUUCCAUCCUUCACCUGGUGUGUUCGAGAUUUCACGCUGAUGCUGGAAAGAGAUGGCAAGAAUGUGACAGAGGAUGAAUAUUUAAUGAAUGCAUUGAAACUCAAGAACGGUUCUAAUAAGACUACAAUGGAUUACAACAUGCCUCGCGAGUGCAUCCUUCAUUUCUUCCACUCACAUAAAUGCUUUGUAUUUGACCGACCUGCUAGUAGAAAAAACCUUCACCGCCUGGAGGAGCUGGAAGAGAGUGAGCUGGAAGAGGACUUUGUGGAACAAGCUGGAAAGUUCUGUGCUUUUAUGCAUAAGGAAGGCCACGUUAAAACCCUCCCAGGUGGAAUACUGGUUACUGGGAGAUUGUUGGGGAAUCUCACAGACUCCUAUGUGAAGGCAAUACAGAGUGGUUCUAUCCCUUGUAUGGAGAAUGCAGUAUUGGCUCUAGCAGAGCUUGAGAAUAUGGGAGCUGUGAAGGAUGCAUUAUCCAAAUAUGACUCUGAAAUGAGCAAGUAUGUGAAAACAUUCCCAACUGAGACAAAUGAAGAAUUUCUGAACAUGCACAGGGAAUGUGAAGUGAAGGCUUUGGAAGUCUUUAUGGCACGCUCCUUCAUGGAUGAAAAUCAAAAGUAUCAAACAGAGCUAAAGAAAUUAAUAGACAAGAAAAUGAAAGAGUUUACUGAAUGUAAUAUGAAAGCUUCUGAAGAUCUAUGCAGAGCCCUAAUAGAGGAAUUCAGCAAGACUUUAGAAACAGGAAUAUCCACAGGGGAAUGCUUCACACCUGGUGGCCACACGCUCUACCUAUUAGAAAAAAUGAAUUUACUGGAAGAAUACAACUUAUAUUCUGGAAAAGGCAUAAAGGCUCUUGAGGUGCUACAGAAUUAUCUAGAUGACAAAAGGGCAGUAGAAGAUGCUAUACUGUUUGCAGAUCAGACCUUGACUGAGAAGGAAAAGCAGAUUGCAGAGGAGCAGGCUAAGGCAGAAGCUUCUAAAAGAGAGAAAGAAAUAAUAGAGGAGAAUAACAGGCGUCUCCAGCAGUGUUGUGAAGAUCAGAAGAGAAGUUUUCAGCAGAAUGAAAAAAUGUUGAAGGAGAAGAUGGAAGAGCAGGAACGCAAAAUGAGACAAGAAAAUGAAAGGCUGAUUCAACAGAAACUACAGGAACAGCAAGCUAUGCUGAAUGGAGGUUUCCAAGAUAAAUUUAAUGCUCUACAGGGAGAAAUUGCACAACUGAGAGCUCCAAGAAAAAGCGGAUGCGUUGUCUCUUGAGGAUUAUGUUCUGACAAAUCACCCAUUAAAGACACAUUUAUGUACUGAAAAUGGAAAUAUUUAAAACAAAGCCAUAAUUGAACUCAAAUAUUUCACUAUAGUAUUAAGUUAUCUGUGUUGUUGUAUAGAAUUAGAAGAACAUUUCCUAUAUUGUAUAACUCUGUUUUAUCACGAAAUGCAAAAUAUAUCUGCAUAGUACUGAGGAUAACGAUGGACUUUGGAUCAGCUAUUUAGUUAAAUAUAUAUCUGCAUCUCCCAAGUAUACAUAAAAAGGAAACAUAAUGUGAUGCUACUAAUUAUUAACACAAACACAAGACUAAAAUGUAACCAAACAUGCACAGAUUUAGGCUUGUAGCACAGUGGUACUAGUAGUUACUCCAGACUUUCGGAUCGAUUUAUUAUUGCGCGGGCGGACAUUAUCUUUUCCAAGGACGCCCCUGCAUUUUCCAGCAGGACCAUGCCUAACCACAUUCUGCCUGGUUUACAAGCGCAUAGUUGCGUAAGCAGAGAGUGCGGGUGCUAAUAUGGCCUGCCUGCAGUCCUGACCUGUCUCCAAUUGAGAAUGUGUGGCGCAUUAUGAAGUGCAAAAUAAGGCAACAAAGGCCCCAUACAAUUGCACAGCUGAAGACAUGCAUAAUAAAUGAAUGGGGGAAAAUUCCACUUUUUUAACUUAACCAACUGGUGUCUUCAGUGCCCAAAUGCUUAAUAAGUGUUAUUAAAAGAAAAUGUGAUGUUACACAGUGGUAAACAGUCGACUGUCCCAACUUUUUUGGAGUGUGUUGCAGUCAUCAGAUUGGAAAUGAGUGUUUAUUUUCACAAAUAAAUUACAUUCACAAAGUAAAACAUGAAAUAA